AUGGCGUUCUGGGUGGACUGGGAGCUAUGGGAGAAGCUGAGCGUAAUACUAGCCAUGCUGAUCGCACUGGUACUCCUGUACGCAUUUUGCAUUCUCGGUUGGAACCGUUGGAUGAUCAGCAAAUACGCCGCGACAGAGGCAAAAGAACGAGAAGAGGAACCUGAGGUUUACCCAAUGCUGCACAAGGAUGACAUCCCUUUCGGUGCCAGAGCUUUGGAAAGAGGGGUAGAAGUUGAAGGGAUCUGGGUUUCAGAUCCCAACACACCCACGCAAAGUCCUUGCCAGCCUGCAACUCCAGUUCCAAGCCAGCCGGCCAGUCCAGUACCAAGGUCGUUGCAUAGUAAAGUUGACACCUCCAGAUCAUCGGCAGGAUCUCAGAGCCCUAUGAUCAGCCCAAAGCCUAUGCCACCGGCUGCCCGACGUGAAGUCGUUUCCGAGUUCGACCUAGCCUCCGCAGGCUUCAUCUACGAGAACCAUAGACCCACUGCGCGCCAUAGUCGAACCAGUCUGCCUAUCAAUCCAAAUGCCAUGCACAUAUCACCUGCACGGGAGGAGUUACUGAUCGGCUUGAGGGACACACCAGGCAGGGAGAAGCGUGUUAGCUUCCACACGCGGAUAUUCGGUACACCCUCUAAUCCCGACCCGAAGGACCACCGAGUAGGAUUGGAUGGUGCUGAUGAGGACAUGGACUAUGUCCCGGCCAUGAGUGAGUCAUCUUCUGGUCUCUCAUCAGAGAACAAGCGGAGCUCACGAUCCAUGAAACGUCUUCGUCGGCGAUCAUCCGAAGAGUUCCGACGCAGGAUGAGCCAGAUAUUCAACGACAAUGUCCAAAUGGGGCUGCCAGCCGAGCAGCUAGAGUUCAAUCCGGCUCUGCACCAGUACCAGAGACGGUUCCGGAGGUCGUUGCUUCGUCCUUUUCGUCCGUGGCUCAAUCCUCCUGGAAAUCAACAGUAG